AUGGAGGUCACCCCUUCAUGUACCGUGGUCUCCCAGGAUGAAAAGUCGCUUAGACUGUUCAACUUCUGUGGAGAUGUCUUCUCUUUUCAGUUCACUCACAGCAUAUCCAAUGAGAGACAAAGUCAACGAGGAUCAGAGCUGAAGUUCAGCAGGAUGUCAUUCCAAAGGGACACCAACAAUUUCUUAAUCAAAAAUGAAGGAACGGCCCUCUUUAGCAAAAGCAGUUCAACAGAUGUAGACAUUGUGGAUUGCGCCUCCACAGUCGAUGUGAACAACGGUCUAACCAUCCCUUGCGUGUUGCUCAAACAAUACAAAAAGAAAGGGGCUAGUUUCAAGUAUAUACUUUUAAUGUUGAGCCACCAAAAUUCCUUAAAUCCUCACAUGGAAUUUAAGUUGCCAUAUGAAAUUAAAGACAAUGUAAUGUUUCUGCAGGGCCCUACUGUGUUAUGGAGCCAUGAAGGUUUGGUUUACUAUACAUCUUUGCAAGCUGGUGGAGUUAGACAAGUGCCUGUUCAGCUGUCCUCAGUAAGUUUUAUUGGAGAGCUACCUGAAGUCAAAAGGAAAAUUAUGAUAUUGGGUUCCGAAAUAUCCGCAAAGGAAAGACUGAGUGAUCAGCAGGAAAACAUCUGGGGUCAAAGAAGCCUUGGAUAUUUCCUAGAGGAUGGAAAAGCAUUUGAUGGAGCUUGGAUUUUACCUCAUGCUUACAGUUCUGUUGUGAAAUGUGUUCUUCUCAUCCAUGCCAAAGAAGAUAAUGACCAGUUGAGGUCAACAGCUGUGGCAGCAACUAGUAAAAAUCAGUUGGUGUGGUUUGAGAAUGGAGUCCCCAAGGAUGUUUGCCAGCUUCCCUUUGAAGAACCUCAGAACAUACAGAUGGUCAACGCAGGCAGGAAUGGAUGUCUUUUUGCCAUUUCCUUCAAGCAUGGGAAUGUAUGCGCUGUUUGGAAAGAGUCUUUUCAGGUGGCGUCAUGCUGGCAGGGUGUGUGCUCCCUCCUUGUAGAUGACUUUGUUGGCUGUGGAACGGACCAGGUGCUUUUGCUGUUUGAGAGCCAUCACCCUCCAGGGGCUACAUUAACCAACUUCAUGAUCACUGACCUUGGUGACAUGAUCUACACAAGCAGAUUGGAGGACAGUGAGCAACCUGACCCAGCAGAGGCUGUCCAAGAGAACUACCUCCUCACUGUGCAAGCGUUAGAGUCCAGACUACAGAGUGGCACAGCCUCCAUCCAGGACCUUCAGAGAGACCUGGAGGAGAAGGAGCGGGUUAUUGUGCAGUCAGUCCAAGCCCUGACAGAUCUCAUCUCAGGAAGGAAGCAUGCACUGCCCAGGGCAGACCAGGAAGGCUUGGUGUCUAUGUGGGAUGAAGACAAAGAGGAGGAGGACUCGGAAGAGGAGAUGCUGAUGAUGCCGGCAGCCCCACCCUCUCUGGUGGAAAAGGUGUGGCAGAGAGUCAUAGAGGAUCAGCUGGUCGUGGGCGUGCAGCUGACUGCAGACGCAGCCUCAUCAGUAGAGAGCGUGAGUGUGUCAUUCCUGGCAGAGGCGGGCCAGGGACCGGUCCCAGCAGUCGUCCAGACACGCAGCAGAUCCUUCCAGCUUGGACAGCCCCCUCUCCCCACGCCCACCCCCCUGUCUCACCCAGAGCCGGCAGCCAAGAGGAAGAAGUGUGACCACACCAGCGGGACACGCACCGACAGUGCUCAGAGACUGACAGUGACCGCUGUCACCAAGCUGUCCCCGCUGCUGGCCUCUGCGCAUCUCAAAUGUCGAGUCACGCUCCACUCUGUCCACCUAGAUGAUGCUGCAACCCCCUGGAGGACCAGAGGUCCAGUGGCGACUCAGUGUGGAUACGUCUAUGUGGACGCUCAGGAUGUGGCCAAGGGAAAAUUCAGUCCACGCCUGCUCAAUGACUGUGCUCUUACCACAGCCGAUGCCACAGAGGACCUCCUGAGCCUUCUAGCGGUGUCAGACACGUGGUCCUUCCAGAUUAGCUGUUCAGAUCACACCCUGAGUGAUGUGUCACAGUGGCUGCUAGGACCCAUGCAGUGUGAAAGGGUAGCAGUCAGCCCGGACUAUUUCCUUUCCAAGCCAGUAAGGUCAUCGGCUGUGAUACUGUGUAAGUGGCAGAAGAGGACUCCAUUCCAGGGAGAGUUACUCAUCCACAGCAGCAGCUGGCACCGUUUGCUCCAGUUCCUGGAUUGCAUGUGUCGCAUCCUCCCUCCAUCCUACCAGAUCCAGCCCCUCAGAAAGGGAGGAGUGGAGGGCCUGACUCAGACUUUGGCAUCCGCCCUGGAGAAAGAAGCGCUGGCUCUGCGGGAGGGGGUGUCCUCUCUGCUCAGUUUGGGCAGUGGGGAGGGGCAGGAGGGUGAGGGCGGGGUGGGGGUGACCCCGGACCCUGCCCCCGUGGCCUCCGCGGAUGAACUCCAGAGGCGCAGGGCGGAGUGGGAGAGAGACGGAGAGAGGAGCAGGCGGAGGCUCAGCCCUCUGGUGGAGGUGGAGCACUAUCGCAGACUCACCGCCUCCCUGUCUCAGGUCCAGCUGGAGGGGGAUAUGGCUGCCCACUCUCUGUGGGAGGCUCAGUCUGUUCCACCUGCUUCCCACCUCCAGUCAUUUCUCCUUGCUACUCCCAAUAUUUAA